CACCAGGGUGGAGGCUUCACUCCAGCCAAUAAGAGGGAGGCUGUGAUUUGGAGGGCGGAGCAGAGACGCACGCUCUCCUUGCAUAAAUGAAAGAAGAACACUGCAGCUUCCCUUAACGAACACCUCUAGACAUUAUAACUUCGCUGUGAGACGUCAAAAAAAGCCACCAUGUCUGACAAGAAGGCAGUGAUAAAGAAUGCUGACAUGUCUGAUGACAUGCAGCAGGAUGCAGUGGACUGUGCCAUGCAGGCUAUGGAGAAGUACAACAUUGAGAAGGAUAUUGCCGCCUAUGUCAAAAAAGAGUUUGACAAGAAGUACAACCCCACGUGGCAUUGCAUUGUUGGGAGGAACUUUGGCAGCUACGUGACGCAUGAGACGAAGCAUUUCAUCUACUUCUACCUGGGCCAGGUGGCCAUUCUACUUUUCAAGUCCGGCUGAAAUCUAAAUAUGUCCUCCUAAAACUACUUUUAAUUCAGCCCUUAACACUUUUGUGCCACGCUGUACAUUUGCUACCACUUUUCUGCAGACAUUCUUACCUCCUGGUUUCAUGCUUGCUUCAGUCUGUUAUUGUUUGCCACUUACAACACAACCACCAUCGGCGGAUGGCGCUUUAGUGAUGCCUGGACUGGUGAUGUGCUGUUCAUAGAAAAUGUCUUGCCUAUACCAGCUCUCAGUCAGCAUUUGCUCAUCUGACAGACUUGCCAUGACCUCAUAAUUUCCGGGUAUUCUUUUCUCAGUGCAGUGAUGCGCGGGCCUUGUACAUUGUUUCAUAUGGGUAUGUUGUAUAAUAACUUAUUUUCAUGACAUUAAAAUGAGCAACAGAGUUUUCUUUGAAAUGCCGUUCUUUAAUUUUCAGUGUCAACUGAGAUAGAAUAAAAAUGCCAUGACUGUUGCUUACACUUAAUAAAAAGAAUACGAUCUAAGAUGUAAGGUUUUGUACAUGCUUCAACAUUCCUGUUUCAUUUUAGUUGUGAUUAUUAACAAUGUUACUGCUGUGUGUAUAUCUGCAAUGUAAUUUAGGGUGCAGUUUGGUAUUGUGAUUAUUUUCAACAUGUUGAGCACAAAACAACUUUGAGACUGUAAAUUGGUUCAAAAUGUGUACGCGUGCCUUGAAUCUGUUUCACUUGCAUGUACUAUGACCACAUGUCUUGAUGUCCUGUCAGGCAAGCAAGUCUAGGUUUGUUUUGUUUUUUUUUCCUUCCAGACUGGUUUUACAUACUCUAGGACAAAUUUUGUUGGAGGCAGGGUACAUACUGCCUUUUCAGAAUGGGCAGAUGUGGUCACUUCCUCUGCUUGUGUCCACAAAAUAUCCAUCUGUGUAUUGUUUGUAUGAUUUAAGUUUGGUGGCAAAUGUGUUUAUUCACUGGGAAUAAAUAAAGCUGUUGAAUAAUAAAAGCUGAGAAAAUUGA